ACUCGAGUUGCAUGAUCAGGCGUUGGGAGCGUUGAACGAUGCUCGUGCACGAAACCCUCCCACGCUUGCCGUAAGAAGAAAUCUAUCCGCUAAGAAUCGCCGCGCGUACGACGGCAUCGGUCGCGACCAGGUACUCGUAACUUUUUAUAACUCACAAUAACUCCCAGCACCACAGUUCAACUUGUCUCCGACUACUCCCCCUUCCAACUCUCAGCCUACAGAUACUCCACACCAUACCCCACAAUGGCUUCCGGAUCUGUCCUCGUCACUGGUGGCACUGGCUACAUUGGCUCGUUCACAGCUCUUGCUCUCCUCGAGGCUGGCUACAAGGUCGUCAUCGUAGAUAACCUCUACAACUCCUCGAAGGAAGUCAUCAACCGUAUCGAGCUCAUCUCCGGCAAGAGGCCAGAAUUCUACGAGCUCGACAUCCAGGAUGAGGCCGCGCUCGACAAGGUGUUCAAAGAGCACCCCGACAUUGACAACGUCAUUCACUUCGCUGCGCUAAAGGCCGUCGGUGAGUCUGGCGAGAUCCCCCUCACAUACUACCGCGUCAACGUCGGUGGCUCCAUCUCCCUCCUCUCCGCAAUGGAGAAGAACAACGUCACAAACAUCGUCUUCUCCUCCUCCGCCACCGUGUACGGCGAUGCCACUCGCUUCGAGAACAUGAUCCCCAUCCCCGAACACUGCCCCAUCGGCCCCACCAACACCUACGGCCGCACAAAAUCCACCAUCGAGAGCGUCAUCACCGACCAAAUCGAAGCCAAGCGCAACAACGCAAAGAAGGCCGGCAACGACGCCGAGUCCAAGAAAUGGAACGCCGCGCUGCUGCGCUACUUCAACCCCGCCGGCGCCCACCCCAGCGGCCUGAUGGGCGAGAACCCGCUUGGCGUCCCUUACAACCUGCUGCCGCUGCUAGCUCAGGUCGCAAUCGGCAAGCGCGAGAAGCUGCUCGUGUUCGGCGAUGACUACGCGUCCAAGGACGGCACCGCGAUCCGCGACUACAUCCACGUCCUGGACCUUGCGCGCGGCCACCUGCAGGCGCUGAACUACCUGCGCGAGCAGCAGCCGGGCGUCAAGGCGUGGAACCUGGGCACGGGCAAGGGCUCGACGGUGCUGGAGAUGAUCAAGGCGUUCCGCGACGUCGUCGGCCGCGAUCUCAAGUACGAGGUCCAGGGCCGCAGGCAGGGCGAUGUGCUGGACCUGACUGCCAAUGCGUCGCUCGCGAACAAGGAGCUCGCGUGGUCGACCGAGUUCACGCUUGAGGACGCGUGCGCGGAUCUGUGGAAGUGGACGGAGAAUAACCCCGAGGGGUACAACCAGGCGCCGCCGAAGGAGUUUGUGGAGGCGCUGAAGAAGAAGGCGUAGAGGGAGAGUGACACAUGGCUCGGAGAUGCUACAUACCAAUUGUUGAUUAGGGCAUAUCAUCGCAGGCGCUGGUACAUAAGAUCACAUCACAUAUAUAGACUUAUUAAAAGCAUUGAACAUCAC